CGUCAGUGCAUCGCCUAAAGGAACCGUGCUGAAGCGCCCACCACGCGCCAAAGUGCGCCCAGCCAUGUUCGAUUGCAUGAACCAUACAAAUGGCCAGCCGCGCAAAUGGUCUGGACUCAGUCCGGAUCAGUUGCUGCAGGAUCUGGUCCAGCAAAUGGACACCUUCCUGGAAGAGAGCCAGCGGAGCAAAGAGCUUGCGAACAUGCAGGAGUCGUUGUGCCAACAGAUGCAAGCCUCUCUGAAGUCUUUGAUGACCCCUGUGGAAGUCACUGUCAGGGACAGGGAGUCUGAAGUCUGGGCAGACGACGACGAAAACCAUGGAGAGGUCCCCAACGAGAGGGGUCAAAGUACUCAGGAGCUGAUGAUCACCUACAACCCCGACGCGGAUGGUUUGUUGCCCGUCAACUCGCCGGUCACAUCCUUGCCCGUGUCGGGCUUUCAGGUUGGAAGCGAGUUCACCGAUGAGUCUGAUCUCAGCAUGGACUGGUUGGGGCUCGGGGAACAGCGGACCUUGAAGGCUUCACAGAGCUUAAGGAUGAAGCAACACUCUGAACGUAUGCAGAAGGGAAUGGCGCAAUGGAGCCUGAACCGACUUGCUCGGGCGAUGAGUGCCGUUGAGUCGCUCCAGGCGAUCCGCGAGCCGGUCCGCCGGGGGCGCUUGGCCAACGUGGUACAAAGCAUUUACUUCAACAUGUUCUCUUUGGUGGUGAUCAUCCUCAAUAGCAUCUACAUCACUGCACUUGCAGACAAGGAGCUCUCGCAGCCAGGAGUCGCGGUGGAGCAGACCAUGGCGAUUGAGGUGGCCUUUUCGAUUUUCUAUUGCCUCGAGCUGGCGGCAAAGUUGGUGGUUCAUCGCUGCUACUUCUUCUGGAACGAGGACUGGUGCUGGAAUUUGCUGGAUUUCUUUUUGGUUGUCGUGGUCCUCGUGGAGAGCUUGAUCUCCGCCGUCUCGGUGUCGGACCCCACAGGGUCCAUGAACAUCAUGUUUGUACGCGUGCUGCGGUUGUUCAAGCUGGCGCGUGUGCUGCGCAUCAUGCGCACCUUCCGGUUCUUCACCGAGCUUCGUUUGAUGACGGAGUGUGUGGUGGGUUCGUUGCUUAAUGCGCUCUGGUGUGUGGCCUUGUUGUUCAUCGUGAAGUUCAUCUUUGCGUUGCUCAUUGCACAGGCCUUAAUAGGACAUUGGGUAGAAAAGGGUGUUGACCCGGACAUGGUGCACGCGUUUACGUACUUCUAUCCGAGCGUCAGCGGGAUCAUGUUGACCUUGCUGCAGUCCACCACCUCGGGCGUUGACUGGCGCGACCCCUUCGAGGCACUGCAGGACAUCGAGAUCCUCCCUGUCCUCUUUGUGGCCUUCAUUCUGGUCUUCACGGUGUCCAUUUGGAACAUCGUAUCUUGCUGCCAGAGUUCUCUGGUCCCUGUCACCCAGGUGACCAGCGUGUUUGUGGAGAAGGCUUUGAAGUUGGCCCAGCCUGAUUUGGACGGCAUUGUCCUCGAGCAAGUGGGGCAAGAGAAGGCGAUGUUCAACCAUCUCAUCAGUUUCUUUGCGGGGACCGCCUCUGAUGACGAGAACGCGGACGUGGGCGAGAUCAGCGCGAAAGCCUUCAGAGAUAAGGUGGAUGAUCCGAAGUUCCGCUGCUACCUGUCUGCUCACGGCAUCGACAUCAAAAAUGUCAAGACCUUCUUCAGCAUGCUGCAUCAGCAAUGCGGGGAGGAGGGAGUGGAUAUCCGACGCUUGGCACAUGCGUGCGUGAGGAUGAAGGGGGUGGCCACCAGCAUCGACUUGCAGUCUUUGAGCUUCGAAACAAGGCUCAUGCACCGAAAAGAGCUGCAGAUGAUGAGAAGGAUGGGGGAGCAGCUGCGCCGCACAACAGAAGCACUUGAACGGAUGGCCGGCCAAGUCCACGUCCUGUAAGCGCGCUGGGCGACCGGACGGCUUGUGGAUUCGAGGGAAGAUCAAUUGGUUGGAAAGACUGUGGAACACUUUGGAAUGUCCUGGACCACUUUGAGGAAUGGCAUCUACCAUAGUGAUGCAAGCUACGUACACUUUGGUGGUGGUUCCAAAAGUCUCCAGCUGUUGGUCUUGUAUUCCAAUCAACGAGACCAAGUCGGUGCCUGGACAAAUGGAGGUGUGCUUGAAGAAUGGGUUGAUG